CAACUACCUGCUGGAAAAGGAGCUCUUUUUCCUCGCCAAAGCACUGCCUUUGAUGACGUAAAAGCAUUUAAUACAGAAGUUCUGGCGGUGUGGAAUUAAGCUGCAGAAACUCUGGCACUGGAAAACUUCAUCAGAUAACAGGGAGAAAGGUUUAAUCACAAGAAAUGGAUGCUAAAGGAUUACAAGGAGAUGAUAAACUGAAGGUGCUUGUCAUUUUAAUAGCAUAUUUGCUAAGCAAGGUAAUUUGUGAGACUGGAGAUUGCAGAGAACAAGAAUUUAGGGACCAGUCUGGAAACUGUAUCCUCUGCAAACAAUGUGGGCCUGGAAUGGAACUCUCAAAGGAAUGCGGCUUUGGAUACGGGGAGGAUGCACAGUGCAUGACAUGCAGGCCAAACAGAUUCAAGGAGGACUGGGGCUUUCAGAAGUGCAAACCUUGUCUGGAUUGUGCAUUGGUUAACCGGUUUCAGAAGGCCAACUGCUCUGCCACCAGCAAUGCGCUGUGUGGGGACUGUUUACCAGGAUUUUAUAGGAAGACUAAGCUUGGAGGCUUUCAAGACAUGGAAUGUGUUCCUUGUGGUGAUCCUCCUCCUCCCUAUGAGCCUCACUGUACCACCAAGGUAAAUCUUGUGAAGAUCCCUUCAACUGCUUCCAGUCCUCGAGACACUGCUCUGGCAGCUGUUAUCUGCAGUGCACUUGCAACAGUGCUCUUGGCUCUUCUCAUCCUUUGUGUUAUCUAUUGCAAGAGGCAGUUCAUGGAGAAGAAACCAAGCUGGUCUCUGAGAUCACAGGACAUUCACUACAAUGGAUCUGAAUUAUCAUGUUUUGAUAGACCACGGCUAAGUGAAUAUGACCACAGAACAUGUUGCCAGUGCCAAAGAAGUACAUCACAGACAUGUGGACCAGUUCACUUGAUUCCCUCCCUGUGCUGUGAUGAAACCUGUAGCAUGGAGCACAGCAGUCACAGCUGUGCUUUCCACUCACAAACCACGCUUAAUGAAAGAGCUUCUGAUUCUGUUGGAGAAAUGAUUCCUGCUUUCCUUGGUUCUCUUUCACACUCUACCAGUGGAGACAUUCCAGAUGCUUGGCCUCUUAUGCAAAACUCAGCUUGUUGUGACAGCAUUUCUAUCUGUGAAUCAUAUUCAGAACUGACUGGAGGAGCUGCAAAAUCCUGCAGCCUUGAGACUGAAAAUGCAGCCGCUGUUGAAUUGGAUAAUAACCAGGAACUAAGUGAAGUACUUAUUUCAGCUAAGUCUCUUGAUGGAAAUGGUGCAAAGUCCUUUGAAAUCUCUGAGCACAGAACAUGCAGAGAAGCUUCAUCACUUCGGAACUUGGCGACUGCUGAAAGCCAGCCAAAGUGUAAUGGAACAACAAAUGACUCUACAGACUGAUAAAGAGGGACUGGAGUGAUUUCUCUCAGCUUAAAGCUGAAUGCUUCCUCUACACUCCCCUGCUGAUAUUCAUCAAACAUGGUCUGGUCUUC